CCGCGCGUGGCCUGCCAGGUGACGAUGGCAGCGCUGUUCGUAGUUCUGCUGGUCACGGCCGUCGCUUUCGCAGCGCAGGCUUUUCAGCCUCGUCCCCAGCCCUGCUCUCGGUGUCCGUUCGACUGGAUCGGGCACAGAGGAAAAUGCUACUAUUUUUCGGAGGCCGAAGGGAACUGGACAUCCAGCCAGGACGACUGCUCGGCUCUUGGCGCUUCCUUGGCCCUGCUUGACGGCAUGGAGGACUUGAGUUUCGUGAUGAGAUAUAAAGGGAUCGCGGAGCGUUGGAUCGGCCUUUCACGGGAAGACGAGGAACAACCGUGGAAAUGGGUGAACGGCUCACGUGUCCCUCCCCUGUUUCGGAUCCGCGGCGGUGGCCUCUGCGCCUACCUGAACGACAGCGGGCUCAGCUCGUCCCGCUGUGGCACCGCACGGGGCCGGGUGUGUAACACGCCCGAGCGGCACAGCCCCGACAAGGGCGGCGGGACGGGACCGGCUCCGAACCGUGGCUCCUGA